UCCCACAGACCACAUGACCAUCGCGUCCCUGAGUGCAUUUAGCCAACAGCAGUUAGUUAUAGCUACACAACUACCGUGAGAGUGAAGGAAUUAUCUCUCUGCGCUUUGUGCACGAUUGACUUCUGAGGAUUUUGACGGACUAGAGAGAACGCCAUGCCAGAGCCGACGGAUCUGAACGGGACUGAUCUGACAAAGACACUGGGGGGUGGGGCUCCAGGAAAAGACGGAAAAGACUCCGUGACCAAUGGCCACGCAGAGGGAGACGUCAACCCUUUUGCAGAGUACAUGUGGAUGGAGAAUGAGGAGGAAUACAACCGACAGGUAGAGGAGGAGCUGUUGGAGCAGGAGUUUUUGGAGCGCUGUUUCCAGGAAAUGUUGGAUGAGGAGGAUCAGGAUUGGUUUAUUCCAGCAAGAGACCUUCCUCCAGGCAUGGGACAGAUUCAGCAGCAGUUCAACGGCCUAUCUGUCAGCGACAGCAACAGCAACACAGAGGAGAUUGUGCGCAAGAGCAGCUUAAACCCUGAAGCCAAGGAGUUCGUCCCUGGAGUGAAAUACUAGGGAUCAUCCUCACCCUCUGGAGUGGAGCCCUCUCACAAGCACAUACAGAGACUUUUUUUGGCUGAAAUUGACACAGCCAUGUAUAUGCUCAUAAAUAUGUACACACAGCUGUGAGGGGCUGGAGGAGGAGGGUGAGGGUUUUUGGGGUGGGGGGCGGGAGGAGGGUUUCUCUAUAAGCUUUUUAUUUUUCCAUUUGUUACAUGUAAACCAAGGGCAGGGAGUUUAGACGCAGCCUCUAGGAGGUGCCAUGGCAACCUAACAUUGUACUCGAUUCAGAGCCGUUUUAUUUCUUUCUAUCGAUAAGCCGAGAAGACCGAUCACCCCAGCUCUCACUUAGAAGUCCGUGCCUGAAUAUGUAUUUACUUUCUUCUUGCCUGAUUUUCUUUCUUUUCUUUUUUUUAAACAACGGAGGUUUAUGUUUGGCUGGGAUAACCGUGCCUCCCUAACUGGGAGUGGAUGUGGGUUUGGGGUGUGACUGGAUGUAAAGUGGUUCACUGGAUAACAGGCCAGUUUGAGUAGAAUGGCAAGUAAAAGCUAUGGAGGUUUUCACAUGAAAACGUUAUUUGACUUUGAGUAGGAAUUCUUACAAGCAAAAAUUACAGUUAUUUGAAACAAAAAGAAAAAAAAAGUAAAUAAAAUUCAAAAAUGUU